ACAUUCUACGCGAAGGUGCGUGUCAGCCAAUGGAGUACCUCACAAAUCCGCAGAACGUACCCAACUCGCCUCCAGCAGCAUAUCCCACCCCAUUCGCGACCGACCAAAGCCCCCACCUCACAGGCAUUCCAUGGACGGAGUGCCCGCCCCACACUGACAGCCCGAGUGGCCCUCCUCGGCCAUACAGACACACCCAUCAGACAGGGCAUCGGUGGUGCCGGUGUCGAAUCCCACGCCGGAGCAGGAAGAGCCCGUGCAGCAUUGGUUGAGCAGGGACUGGGCGUAGCCGUGGAUGUAGGCGACAUCGACCGCGUCUCCCUGGGGGAAGAAGGAGAAGGUGCAGGAGCCGGAGGUCCAGUAGGUAUUGUCGUUGCCGCUGACGGUCCCGGAGGUGGGGAUCAGGGCAAAGGCCGCGUAGCAGUCGGAGCUGGUUGCUUGCUCGCAGUCGCCGCAGGUGAUGGUCGAGCCGGCAAUAGCGGUGGUGGCCAGGGCGGCCAGGGUGAGGCAGGUUUGGGGGUUCAU